AUGGAACUGUUCAAGAUAAGGGGACUCCAUUACAUUUACAGGCACCUCUGUAGUAUAACCUAUGCUCCUUCUGCUCCACCAUCACGCAAUCCUCCCCACCUCUCUCUCCUAGCCGACCAAUGUACUUCACUGCAUCAACUCAAGCAAAUCCAUGCCCAGAUGAUCAUCAGGGCCCGUAUCCACGACAAUUAUGCCGCCAGCCGUUUACUGUCCUUCUCUGCUCUCUCAGAAUCAGGCAGCCUUUCUUAUGCAGUAAGACUUUUCGACAGUAUUAACGAACCCAAUUCAUUCAUGUGGAACACUCUCAUAAGAGCUCAAGCUGGUAGCUCAAAUCCCCGACAAGCCUUGCUUCUUUAUGUAAAGAUGCGAAGACUUUGCGUCGCUCCCGGUAAACAUACAUUCCCUUUUGUACUAAAAGCUUGUUCCAACGUGAUGUGUAUUUAUGUUAGUAGACAAGUGCAUUGUCAUGCUAUCAAAUUUGGGUUAGAUUUAGAUUUGCAUGUUGUUAAUGGUUUGAUCAGGGCUUAUUCCGUCUCUCGUUUAUUGAGGGAUGCGCGGCAAUUGUUUGAUGAAGUUCCUGAGAGAAAUUUGAGUAUUUGGACGACGAUGAUUUGUGGGUUUGCUCAGAAUGAUAGGUAUGGUGAUGCUAUUCAGUUGUUUGAGCGUAUGCUUGAGGAUGGAAUGGCGCCCAACGGAGCUACAUUGGCUUCUGUGUUGUCAGCUUGUGCCCAGUCAGGUAGUUUGCAAUUAGGAGAACAGAUUCACGCGUAUAUGGAGGAAAACGGGAUGGAAUUAGGAGUGAUUCUUGGAACGGCAUUAGUGAACAUGUAUGCAAAGAACGGUGCCAUAGUAGAAGCAAACAAGUGCUUUAGCAGUAUGAGAGAAAGGAACAUUGCAACUUGGAAUGCAAUGAUUUGCGGGUUAGCUGCCCAUGGACAUGGAAAAGAAGCAAUUAACUUCUUUAAGGAACUAGAACAAGAAAAAGUGAAGCCAAAUGACAUUACAUUAGUUGGGGUUCUGUCAGCGUGCUGCCAUGCUGGGUUAUUUGACUAUGGUGAAGGAAUAUGUCACUCCAUGAAAGAGUUAUACCGUAUAGAUCCCAAGAUUGAGCAUUACGGAUGCAUGGUUGACAUUCUUGGGCGGAAUGGGAAACUACUAGAAGCUGAGCAGCUCAUAAGAGGAAUGAUUUGGAAGGCUGAUGUGGUUAUCUGGGGUUCCUUGUUACAUGCAUGUCAGAUCCAUGGAAACGUAGAUAUUGCAGAACGAGCUGUGAAAGAAAUUCUGCUUUUGAAUCCAAAUAGUCAUGGAGUUUAUGUCGUCUUAUCUAAUAUGUAUGCAGAAGCUGAAAGAUGGGACGAUGUGGUAAAACUAAGGAAGCGGAUGAAGGAAGGAAGCUUAAAGAAAACACCCGGUUGGAGCCUUGUAAAUGCAGCUCCAUGAUUUUGGAUCCUUCCAAA